AAAUAGCAGAGGUAAUCGGUCUGGGUCAGGCAGACAGGUAAUAAACUGACUCACUGGCCCAUUUACUGAAGUUCAAGGGGUAGAGCCUCACUUAGCUCACGUUCACCAAUCAAACGUGAGAAACGAUUUCUUAAAUACCAUCGCAAAUUUUUCGGAUGGUCAUUUCCAAUUUUUAUUUGGAAGCGAACGUAUCUCAUCAUAAUCAUUGAUCACUGAAUUAUUUGAGUUGAAUAUGUUCUCCAUUCCGGGAGUUUUUGCUGUUCUGAUUAUGUGGGCAUUUCCGGUAAUUCGCGGUUCAAUGUUUAUUGUGACGAAGGAUUUGUGCGAAGAUCGAGUUACUGAGUGUUUGAUGUCCUCGAAUGAACACACACCUGUUUGCGGUACUGAUGGGAUUACGUACUCUUCGUAUUGCCAAUUGAUUUCGAAACAGUGCAAAGGAGAGUCCGUCCUUGUUAAUUAUGUCGGAUCAUGCAUUGACACCUCCCCAUGUACCUCUGCCCUUCGGAAUGGUCCUCUGCACGAGCAGCCGACCUGCAACCCAGACGGCACCUUCGCACGAAUCCAGUGUCACCUUCCAUCGAGCUAUUGCUGGUGCGUAACCCCAUCAGGAGUUCGUCUGCAAAACACCCUGACCCAGUACAAAAAACCCAACUGCCCGCCUCUUCACCCCGUUCUCCACCCGUCGACCCCAUCUCCACCGAUAACGCUAUCAAAACGCGAGGACCCGCCCCAAAUGGCCUCACCGACGCCAAAUCACCACCCCCGCUGGUAUUGCUCCAAGAAGAAUCACCUCCAAUUCGCCAAGAACUUGGUGAAAACCUUCGAGAUAGAGUACAAUCGCACCAUAUCCUCCACAACCACGAUAACCCUCGAGAGCAUCAUCACCUGGAAGUUUAAUCUCCUGGAUAUAAACAGAGACGGUCAUUUAGAUAAACGAGAGUACGAGGGAUUAGUGAGAUUAGCCGAGAAGGGUGUGAUGCCGAAGAAAUGUGCAAGAUCGUUGCCAAGAAUGUGCGACAUGAUCAGAGACAUGAGGAUAUCAUUGAGUGAGUGGAUUGUCUGCUUGACAAAUAAUUCGACGGAAUCAUUGGGUCGAGUCACCCUGGGGAGGGCGGGUGGUCUCUUGAGCGAGGUUGGUGAGAGCCCCGAGGGCGAAGGAGAUAAUGGUCAUGAUGAUUGUCCGGUAAAACAUUUGCAGGCGCUCAAGUACCAGCAGGAGACGUCGCAGACCCAUUUGUACAUACCUGAGUGCAAUCAGGCGGGGCUGUAUCAGUCUGUUCAGUGUUACUCUGGUUAUUGUUGGUGUGUUAAUGAGAAUACUGGAGUCCCAAUAACUGGGACUUUUUUGAAGGGGGCGAGACCCGAUUGUAAAACCGAUUUUCGGGUGGUGAGGACGAUGAAGGGCUGCGGAAGGGGCAAGCUGGAAGAUCUUAUCGAGAAGAUGAUCAGGGCGAUGAAGCGGAGGAUGGAGAGUGAUGGAGGACAUCCAAUGGUGGAGGGAGCGGGAAGGGGAAGGGGAUCGGUGAAUGUAAGGAGAAAUGCAACGGAAAAUGCAACGGGGAAUGAAACUGGGAAGGACUUCAAAAAGAAUGAGGAGGAAAGGGCUGCCACGUGGACCUUCUUCUCGUUGGAUCUGAAUAAGAAUAAGGUUUUACAGAGGGGUAAGGAGUGGAAGAGCAUCAGGAUGAUGCUUCCUGAGAAUCGGUGCGCUAAAAAGCUCCCGAGGUUCUGUGAUACCAAUGAUGAUCAGAGGAUCUCUCUCGAUGAGUGGCUCGGGUGUCUCAAUAUUAAGGCUCCGGAUUCUGCCCUGGAGCACGUCAUUUCCGUGACGAUGCUCCCUAGUUAAUGAGAAGAUCAACUCGUUCAUAAUUAUUGGAAAAUAUAGACUCAGUUACCAAACGAUCUAGUGGCGGCGCUUUCGAAGCGAAAAGAAUUGUAUAUUUUUAUGGAUUAUUUCUUAAUGAAUUUAUGGAAAAAUUUAUCAAUCUUUGUUUUACGAUAAUUGUUCGGAGUACAAAGUAAGCUUUAGAUAUUGUGUUUUUAAAUUACGUGAGUUGAUGAAUUUGAAUAAUUGAAAUAAUUUUUAUAAUUCUAAGUGAUGUCCUGUUUUUAUGAAUACAUUUACAGAAUUGGGAUCAUCAAUUGAUGAAUAUUAUUUUGUAUUAUUUUUAUUUUUUUUAAGGAGUAACGGAGAAUUUUUGAGAAUGAAAUUGUAUAAAUACCGAUAUGAGAUAAGAUGUGAGGAGAAUUGUUUCUUCAGUGCCGAACGCCGCGAAUCGGAGGGGAUUAUUAUCUUCUGAUGAUAAGGUAAAGUGCCUCUCUGGAAUUAAUGUGAUUUUGUAUUUUAUUUUUAUAAUAAAAACUGACAUUUAUGAUCAAUACAACAAUUAAUAUACUAUAAUAUAAUUUUCCUAAUUAGAUAAAAUCAAUGAACUAUUGAUCAUGAGUAUUCAACAACCAGGCGCUUCUAAAAAAUAACUGUGACAACUACUA